AUGAGAGAAAUCGUCCAUAUGCAAACUGGUCAAUGUGGAAACCAGAUUGGAGCCAAGUUCUGGGAAGUGAUCUCUGAUGAACAUGGUAUUGACCCAACUGGAACUUACCACGGUGAUUCAGAUCUUCAGUUGGAGAGAAUCAACGUAUAUUAUAAUGAAGCUACUGGUGGUAAAUAUGUACCCAGGGCUGUUCUCGUCGACUUGGAACCUGGUACAAUGGAUUCCGUACGAUCAGGACCUUUUGGCCAGAUCUUCCGCCCUGACAACUUUGUGUUCGGACAAUCUGGUGCCGGUAAUAACUGGGCUAAAGGUCAUUAUACAGAAGGUGCCGAAUUGGUAGAUUCCGUCCUGGACGUGGUCCGAAAAGAAGCUGAAAGUUGCGAUUGUCUACAGGGGUUCCAGUUGACCCAUUCUCUGGGUGGUGGAACUGGCUCUGGUAUGGGAACUCUCCUCAUCAGUAAAAUUCGUGAAGAAUAUCCCGAUAGAAUCAUGAACUCCUUUUCUGUAUGUCCUUCAC